CGUGGAAGGGGAAGGUGAUGAAAUGCCGGUAAUGCCUCACAAGUCACCCCUUCUUCAAGGUGGAGGAGAAAUGUUUCCUGUGCAACCAGAUCAGGGCUUGGUGCACUUCAAUGAGGUGACGGUGUAUUUCACCGAGGAGGAGUGGUCUCUGCUGGAUCCGAACCAAAGGACUCUGUAUAAGGAAGUUAUGAUGGAGAACUUUGCAAACGUGGCAUUUUUGGCAGCCUGUGAUGUGCCAGGGAUCAAGGCAGAAGACAGACAGGGAGUUUUCUUAGAAAGAGUCAAUCAUGAAGAGGAGAAGGAGCAGAGAAAACGAAAUGCUUAUUUGAAAAACCACACAGGAGAGAAGAAAACUUUCUCUGAUAAAUCCACCCUCAGUCAUCAUCUGAGAAUCCACACAGGGGAGAAACCAUUUAAAUGUCUGGAGCAUAGAAAGUUCUUCCGAGGGAGUGAGUAA